AUGUCCUGCAUUACCACGCCAGCCAUUCCUCCGGUGGCUCUUGAAUCAAUCACUCAACACAUUGGUAACACGCCCCUCGUGCGCUUGAACAGACUUCCACGUAGCCUUGGGAUUGAGGCAACUGUCUAUGCGAAAUUGGAAUAUUUCAAUGCUGGAGGAAGUGUAAAAGAUAGGAUUGCUCUGCGCAUGAUCGAAGAGGCCGAACGAUCAGGGCGCAUAAAGCCUGGUGAUACUCUCAUCGAACCCACUAGCGGUAACACUGGAAUUGGUUUGGCGCUCGUCGGCGCUGUAAAGGGAUACAAGACCAUAAUUACUCUCCCGGAGAAGAUGUCAGCUGAGAAGGUGGCUGUACUGAAAGCGUUGAAUGCAACUAUCAUCCGCACUCCUAAUGAAGCGGCGUAUGAUUCACCGGAAUCUCACAUCGGUGUCGCCAAGCGUCUUGAGAAGGAACUCCCGAACGCGCACAUCCUGGACCAAUAUGGUAACGAAAACAACCCGCUGGCCCACGAAUUGGGUACAGCGGAAGAAGUCUGGACGCAGACCAAGGGCCAAAUUAAGGCUAUCGUCGCCGGUGCAGGAACUGGUGGAACAAUCACUGGACUGUCUCGGGGCCUGAAGAAGCAUAACCCCGCUAUCAAGGUUAUUGCGGCUGAUCCCCAUGGUUCCAUCUUAGCUUUGCCGCCUUCACUAAAUGAAGAUCAUGUAAACGAACCAUACAAGGUCGAAGGAAUUGGAUAUGAUUUCAUUCCCCAAGUGCUCGACCAGCAGGCCGUGGACCAGUGGUACAAAACUGGAGAUAAGGAUUCAUUCCAGUACGCUCGGCGGUUAAUUGCUGAAGAGGGCCUCCUUGUAGGAGGAAGCAGUGGGAGCGCCAUAUCGGCUCUGGCGCAAGCGGCAAAGGACUACAACUUCGGGAAGGAUGAUGUGGUUGUUGUCAUUUUGCCUGAUAGCAUCAGAAGCUAUUUAACUAAGGUCAUUGAACUUCCUAAUGGCUGGUUGAGGACUUGUUGCGCUAACUAA